AACAGAGAACAACCCAGUUUACACUGGCCACCACGGCCUGAGACAUAUGAGCACUGGUCUGAGAGAGAGAGAAAGAGAGAGAGAGAGAGAGUCAAGAGAAGGAGAGAGAGAUAUAGUCAAGGGAAGGAGAGAGAGAGAGAGAGAGAGAGAGAGUCAAGAGAAGGAGAGAGAGAGAGAGACCUUGGGGGUCAAAGGGAGAAGAGAUCACAGUGGCAGAAAUGGGCUCAGAGAAAAAUAAAGAAGAUAUUUUUGCUUCCGAACUAUCCCACUAACGGAAAACGGUCAUGUUUGACUGAACAACCCUCAAAGGUGAUCAGUCACCGCUGUUUUGAAGAGAAAAUAAAUCCUCAUCUCAUCAUCUGCUGCAGGGACAGGGAGGGGGACUUGCUUCAUUAUGAUCUGUGCUGCUAUUUUGAUACUAACCGCAAGUUGUUUCAGUUGGACGUCUACUAUUUAUCUGCCAAACAAACAAGAAACAAAGAAACUGAAGUAUCUGCUUGAGCCUCCUGUUUAUGCUGAAGUAACCAGCCCUCGGGGAGGAAAUGCCACUUUGCCAUGUGUACUGCGAUUCAAACCAAGCCAUUACAAGGUGAAAUGGACAAAACUGGAACCACUUCGUCGUGGAAGCAAGAACAUUGUCAUGAUCACAAACGGUUCAGCCCACAAACCCUAUGGCCUGCUUGGGCCACGGGCCUCGCUUCGUAAGGCUCAUGCCAUGGAUGCCUCACUACAACUCAGCAACUUGGAACUAGAAGACGAUGGUAGAUAUCGCUGUGAGCUGAUCAAUGGUAUUGAGGAUGAGAGCGUCAUCAUUACAUUGAGGAUAGAAGGGAUGGUGUUUCCAUAUCAGAGCAAAAAUGGCCGUUACAAAUUCACCUACAAGGAAGCUAAGGAGGCCUGUGCUGAACAGGAUGGCACAUUGGCCACAUUCAAGCAGCUAUACAGAGCCUGGACAGAGGGUCUGGAUUGGUGCAACGCGGGAUGGCUCAUCGAUGGGACAGUCCACUACCCCAUCCUGCACCCACGAGCAGAAUGUGGGGGGGAGCUGCUACCUGGCAUUCGCAGCUAUGGCCCCCGGGACAGGAUCCGGGAACACUUUGAUGCCUUCUGUUUCACCUCGAGAACCACAGGCUUUGUGUUCUUCGUUGGACAGCCACUCACAUUUGGGGAGGCAAUGCAGGCAUGUAGGGGUGAGGGAGCAGAGUUAGCUCUUGUUGGACAGCUCUAUUCGGCCUGGCGUUUCCUGAGCUAUGACCGCUGUGAUGGAGGUUGGUUGAAGGACGGCAGUGUGCGUUUCCCUAUCACCACCCCUAGAGAGCGCUGUGGCGGUAUUCCCGAGGCUGGGGUGCGCACCUUUGGGUACCCCAACAAGACCCUGCGUCUCUAUGGUGCCUACUGCUACAGGUAGCUUUCAUGAGACCCAUAGCGUGUGGAGCCUACUUCCACUGACUUCAUAGAUCCAAGACGCAGAACCAUUGUGAAGACUACCAGUGACCCCUACAGGUUUCAGUACGCAGGGCUUGCAGAUACAGGUAGUCAAAAGGCUAGGAACUGGUUCCUCAACAACGGCAAAAAGAUACAAGUAGCACUGCGCUUUUCUGCAAUACUACAAUAUGUUAUUACAGGAAACCUCGAAGGCUUAAUGCCUUUUCCAUGGGACACAUCAACAAAAGCCUGCCACUUUUAUGAACUUUACUGCUACAGGUAACAACUGAUGUACAUGUUUUCCUGCGCUUGUGUAACAUUUGUUUUGUGAACUUUGUUUUCCAAGAAGCAUUAUUCUAGUGUAACAGGAUAGUUAUUACACAAUGACAAAUUCCUAAAAUGCUACUGUUAGCUUCUUAGCUGAUGUAAGAGAGUGUGUAAAUAGCAGAAUGGGAGAAAGUAUACACACUGAGCAUAACUGUAAUACAAUAAAAUAUCUUGACAGUGUAUUUGA